UCGUAAUAAACAUUGGCAUAGAAAAACAACGUGAACAGUGUUCACGUUGUUUUCACUGAACACAAUCGCAUUGAGUAUGGAUAAGAACGCAGUACGCGCAAACUAGCCGACAAUGACAAAUCACACACACAUCGAAAUCCCGAAGUAGUAGAAAAACGAUACUUAUCGUAUAGGCAAUACACACACACUCACCAAUACAUAAGCACGCACAUGGAUUCAGAGCGAAUAGCUUCAACUUCACAGCAAAUGACCCACUCAGUGUGUAAGAAAUGAACAUAUAAAAAAAGUUCGACUACAAUCGAAGCAAAAGCAAAAGUAAAGGCAAAAAGAAUUGAAUUUAAUCAAUAAAAUAAGUGUGAAUGCAUAGCAAGAGAAGGAGACAGAGCCGAUCCUAGCAAAAGUCAACCGAGUAAAGACAAAAACUUCAAAACAUUCAGCGCAAAAGAAUCUGACAUAAAAAGAACUGAGUCAGUCGCUAUUAAUCAUUUUGGACCCGUGCACAUUUGGUGUGUGUGUGCGCUGCAUUGAACUAAAGUGUGUUUUUUUCUCAUCUAUAUUGUGAUCACAAAAAAUAACGCAAAACAAGAAAUAAUUUAUGUCGUAUUGCAAGUGUUGACGUCUUUCAUUGUCUACAUGUAAAACUGAAUCCAUAGCAGUUGAAAGUUAUCACAAAAAACGGGAUAGAUUUGAAGCAGAACAACGAAUUGAAGUUUUGGAAAUUAUAAAUCGUUCUGUGGAGACAACUUAAAUAAACGAAUACAAGAUUUUCCUAUCGUUUGGUGGAUGUCAAAUGGUAUGACCCAGUAAAUUCGGACCUAAUGGACUAAAACCAAGUAUUGAUGAGCGCCAACAUAAUUGGUUGGUACUAGACCGAAUACCAAAAUUACGACAAAAAUCCAAUUCAGAAACCGUUGGUUGAGCACUGAAUUUGAAACUUUACAACAACAAGCAGAGCGUGUGGCAUUUGCUGCAUAAUCUAUCGAAACCUCCCCCAAUUGAUAGCAAUACACAACAACAACAACAAAUAAAACAACAGGUAAAUUCAAAAUGUCGUCCGGUUCAUCGUCAAUUCCAAGGAUGAUAAAGAAGAAACACUUCCGUGUAAAACAUCAGAAAGUCAAGCUGUUCCGUGCAAACGAGCCCAUUUUGAGUGUUUUUAUGUGGGGCAUAAAUCACACAAUAAACGAAUUAAGUCAUGUCAAUAUACCGGUGAUGUUAUUGCCCGACGAUUUUCGCGCAUAUUCGAAAAUCAAAGUGGACAAUCAUCUGUUCAACAAGGAAAAUAUGCCAUCCCAUUUCAAAGUGAAAGAAUACUGUCCGUUGGUGUUUCGAAAUUUACGUGAACGUUUUGGUGUGGACGAUGUCGACUAUCGUGAAUCAUUGACCCGCUCUCAGCCUGUUCAAAUUGAUUCGUCCGGCAAAAGUGGUGCACAAUUCUACAGAAGCUAUGACAAAUAUUUCAUUCUGAAAAGUCUUACAUCCGAAGAAAUUGAGCGCAUGCACGCAUUUCUAAAACAUUAUCACCCGUAUGUGGUUGAACGACAUGGUAGCACCCUAUUACCGCAAUAUCUAGGCAUGUACCGAUUAACAGUGGAUGGGGUUCAGUAUUAUUUUGUGGUUAUGCGCAACGUAUUUAGUUCUCAUUUAACAAUUCAUAGAAAAUUUGACCUGAAAGGUAGCACAGUUGAUCGUGAAGCGUCCGACAAGGAAUUAGAAAAACAUUUGCCCACUCUUAAAGAUAACGAUUUCAUCAAGCAAAAAAUUCGAAUUUGCAUUGGCGAAGAUGCAAAACAAAAACUGUUUGAAAUACUGAAUGCAGACAUUAACUUCCUAACCAAACUCCAUCUAAUGGAUUACUCGCUAUUGGUCGGCAUACACGACAUGGCCCAGGCUGAAGAAGAAGCACUUUUGAACGAAAAUGCAAACAGAGAAGCAGCUGCUGGUCGUGAGACUAGCGAGAGUGAAGAGUGCGAGAGUGGCGAAAGAUGCGCGUAUAAUACGCCUCCAGACUCACCCAGAUGUUUGGGGCAGUAUAACGAUAUCAUUCAAGAUAUUGACAUCUAUGCACUACACAGUAUCGAAGAGCGGCGUGAAAUCUAUUUCAUUGCAAUCAUAGAUGUUCUCACACAGUAUGGAGUGAAGAAACAGGCCGCAAAAGCAGCAAAAACAGUGAAAUACGGUAGUAAUGUGGACGGAAUAUCAACAUGUGAUCCAGAUCAAUAUGGAAAACGCUUCAUCGAAUUCAUAGACAAAGCAAUCGAAUGAAUUACUUCGAGUAUUUCAUCAUUGGAUAUUUUUGUCUAAUUAUUAAUUAUUUUAAGAUUUUUUCUUUUUGUGGAUGGAAAGAAGACGAAAAAAAUAGAUGAACGGCGAAUAUAAAAUGAAAUGAAUUUAAAUUAUGAACAAAAUAAAAAAAGAUGAAAACAGCAUACAUUUGACGAACAAUAUGGCAAUAGAUACCGAAUCUUUCGAAGGAAAAAAGUAUCUCAUUACAUUGACAUUUUUUAUCUCUGCUAUUACAUCGACAGGUAUAAAAUUUAUCGGUACAACAUUGUAAUACCAAUUUAGUUCAGUUUUUGGCCAGAAAUCGAGCAAUACAUUUGGUUUGCAUUUCAAAUGGACCAUAUUGAAAAGGUUACUAGGUUAAAGGUGAAGUAAUAAGAUCACACACCCGAAUAAUAUAAUGUUUGUGUCACAAUCUUCUCGACAAGCGGUGUUGGACAAUGCGUUGCGUUCUCAAAGUAAAAGAAAGAAUAAAACAUUUAUCUUUAAUUCAUGAAAAUCGGCUCUACUGUCCAGUGAAUAUACAUUACGCUGUUGCAAAAAAAAACGACAAUAUGAUAGGGAUAGUGAGCAGAACAUUUCUUGGCUAGUCAUUUCUCUGCUGUUUUUUUUUAUUUUAAAUAUAUUGUGUUAAUAGAUUUAUGUUAAGUUUUACAUUCGAUUCAAACUACUACAAUUAUACCUUUUGUUCAAAUCGAUUGUUUUCAUUAUCUAUGGUAUAUUGUAUUGAUUCAGUUAUUCCCGAAAUCCAUAUUCAAAAGAAGAUGCCCUUACUAAAAAUGUUUCAAUGCAAACAGUCUCUUUUUGUCCUGCGAAAUUCCAUGAACAAAUAGUGAAAAUAUAGCUUCAAAUACUUACUUCUAACGUAUGAAAUCUGAAACUCCAGAAGGGUCAGACGAAUCGAAAGGUCAUUUGGAUAAAAAUGAACAAAACAACAAAAACAAAAACUAUUUAAUAACUAAUUCAUUAAACUAAUUUACUAUGAUAAAACCGAAUGCUGCGCUCUUUUUUAGAGCAAAAUGAACGCAACAAAUAUCUGGUAAUUUUUGUUGUAAAAUCCGAUACAUGUUAAAAUAAUGUCGCAAGUUAUUUCAAUCGGAAUUCAGUCAGACUGAUAAAUAAAUUAACUGUUCAUAUAUUAUUAAAAUAAAUUUGAAAGAAAAAAUUAUUAAAUAAAAUGGUGGCAGUGCUAUCUUUACUAAGAA